UAGUGAAUUUCGUUGUUUCUCUUUUCAAGGAAAUUUGGUGGACCAUGCCGAUCAGCAUCCAUUAUCCAUCACCUCACUGAUCACACUCACACACAUGAUGACCGAUAACAUUAACGGAAUGUCGAUUACCACUGUCCUUUUUGAGUUUUAAAAUCAGUGUACAGUGACAUCUUCACACAUUAGGAAUGGAGGACACUGGAAUGGACGAUGUUUGCCACUAUGAAAAUCUCAGGAAAAGAAAUCUGGAGGACAAUAAAGCCGUGUUGGCGAAACUUAUGUGUGACAUCAAAGAUCAGAUUGUCAAAAAACCGACCACAGUCCAGAAGAGAAAGAGAAUUUCAGCAGCUGAUGCUGAAGAUCAGUUCAUCAGGAGAAACCCCUCCCGCCGUGCUCGUGUAACCCCAUCUCGGUUUGAUCUUCCUCGCACUCGGUCCAGAGCCAGGAGCGGGUCUAUCUCAUCAACAGUGUCUUCGGCUUCCUCUUCCUCUACAACACCCUCAUCAUCCCCUGAGAAACUUGUCGUCCGGUUUGGGUUUUUCAAGAGGUUAAAUACAGAAUCAUCAGGACUUCCUAUGGAUGAGAGUUCUGAUGAGGAGGACGCCGAGGACUGUCCCCUGCCGCAGAUCACACGGAAACCCCGCACUGUUCGAGAGGCGAGACCGGUGGAAGACAUCACUCAGGCUGACCUGGAUAUGGUGGCCGUGUCAGUGUCGGACAAAAAAUAUGACAGUAUUUAUGGCUCUACCUGCCACCAGUGUAGACAAAAGACGAACGACAUGAAAACAAUUUGCCGUUCAGAGGACUGCACAGGCGUCAGGGGUCAGUUUUGUGGACCAUGUCUCAAAAACCGGUACGGAGAGGAUGCCAAAGCAGCUCUGAUGUCUCCCGACUGGGUUUGUCCACCAUGUAGAAAGAUCUGCAACUGCAGUUUCUGUCGAAGAAAAAAUGGCAAGGCUUCCACAGGAAUUCUCAUUCAUCUGGCACGAGAGAGAGGAUAUUGUGAUGUUAAUUCAUUCCUUAACGGAUUGAAGAAUACAACUGACUGAUCCAUGUCUGGUUGACAGACUAUUGUUGAUUUACAGUUCUACUCAAAUUUUAUUUACAAGCCAGUUAUUCAUUUAAACCAUUGUUUAUUGUGCCCAAAUAUUAGUAUGGUAUAAAUAUUUUGUUUGUCAAAGAUCAUUGUACGCGUUCGCCAAGUGUCAUUUUUCUGCUUUUACUUUGUAUGAGAUGACUGUUUCAUGAUUUGAGGUUCUGUCUUUUCAGGUACUGAAGGAAGAAUUGAUUAGACAGUAGGGGGUGAAAAGUUUAUUAUACCAGUCACUGAAAUAAAAAUUAAUAAUGAUUAUAA